AUCUGCGAACGUGAACGGCUGCAGCUUUCCAGUUGCAUCAACCUUCGACAGCACUAAACUUGGUUGGCCUGCCUUCUGUCUAUGUUCGAGCCGUAGUACCGAUUAGUGAUAAUCGGUUCUGGCGACAUGCGCUCGGGUUGCAAUUGGAUUGCUCCAAGAUUCGCUGUGUCUGCGAUAGACCAACCUCGAGCUGUCGGGUCCUUUCAUGGCAACAGCUAUAGGAAGCUGGAGGCCGCCACUGCACUUGAAGCCAGUCCUAGGAGCGGUCUUCCACAAACAAUUGACUUGUUACAGACCUACCGGGGCUUUGUAUCCCUCGGAAAGAUCCAACAUGACGAAGAACAGGUUAGGGUCGUAAUGCAACUUAGGCGCAUACAGAAAGACUUGGAUGGAUAUGCACCUCCCGUUCUUUCGACGCACUACAUGAAUUUUCCACAAGGGACACAUGGUCAAGAUUCCUCUGAGUUACAACCUUGGUGGCAGUCUCCCACAUUAAAGACGACGGAUGACGUGACUUCUGCCCAGAUGGCCGUCGUCCGUCGGCGGAGUCAUGCUGAAGAACUGGCAGAACUCACAACGCCAAAGGGUCUACUCUUGACAGGUCCACCUGGAGCUGGGAAGAGUUUCAUUGUUGACCUCUGGUUCAACAGUUUCCCAACGCCAUUCAAAGCGCGGAAGCAUUACAAUCAACUCGUAUUGGAGAUUUAUCGGGCGGUUUGGGAGGAAACUAAAAUACGAAUGGCCUCUGAAGAAGCUGUAGAGCAAGUGUCGGAGCCUCAACCAUGGACAAGGUCUCUUCGAGAUCAAUGGAGGCAACUGGUUUCUACCGGAUCCUUGCCGAUAAAGUGGACACGCGCGGCACGCCAGAACACUAGCUUCAUUGCCUCUCAUGGAUAUACUCAACAGACUAUUGCAUUUGCGGUUGCGCAGCGUCUUAUCCUCCGACAUUGGCUUCUCGUUUUCGAUGAGAUUCAACUACUGGAUGUCUCUAGUGCCACUUUACUUGCGGAUGUCUUAUCGUGGUUUUGGAGAAUGGGUGGCGUCAUCAUCGGGACAUCUAACAAAGUUCCCGAUGAUCUGUACAUGAAUGGUGUUCAACGUGAGCGGCUCGAGCCGUUUGUGGAAGCACUCAAAGUCAGAUGUCCAGUCUAUGUCAUGCGAUCUGAACGCGACUGGCGAGAAAUCAAAGCAGGUGACGGUCUUGAUAGAAGCUGGUUCACAUAUGAACAGAAGGCAGAAUUCAAAGCCAAGCUUGCAGAUGUCAUUGUGGAAGAGCCGACUGCCCGGAGCCUGAGUGUUUUUACAUUCUCACAGCUGUGCGAUGAGUCCUUAGGGCCCGCGGACUACCUCACGCUAUCAUCCCACUUCCAUACAAUCGUCAUCUCAUCCAUUCCUAUCUUGAAACUCUCCGCCAAAAAUCAAGCCCGACGUUUCAUCUCGCUCAUUGAUGCCUUAUACGAGUCUCGUUGUAGACUGAUCUGCUUAGCUGACGCUGAGCCUGCCGAACUUUUCUUUCCCGACGCAAAAGCAUCCCUGUCAGGAGAAUUUCGUGAAGCCCGAGACAUGGACGUCAUGAUGGCGGAAGCUGUUGCAGAGACACGAGAUGUGUACAGACCCAAUGUCUCUUCCUAUGAUGCACCUAACAUGGCUGAGGCGCCCGAGGUCCCUACAGCGACUGUUCCAUUAGAGACGCUAUCUAUUUUCUCAGGCAAAGACGAACAAUUCGCCUUCAAGCGCGCCCUGUCAAGAUUACUAGAAAUGACGAGCGAAAGCUAUGGCAAAGAGGCGGAAUGGACACCGCUUCCUGAAGAUGCACGAAAGUGGGAACGCGCAUCCGUCUCGGGAGUGUUCUCUGUUCAACCUCGGAACGAUGUGAAGCACACUUCCCGCGAAGCCAGUGAUACCGACUUCGCUUCGGCAGCGUCAUACGAAGGCCAUGCGAGGAUAGCACAGCGUCCGGAAGCUCCUCGCUUUCGUGAACAUCAUGCAUGGGGCAUGCGCGAGAGGCAGUGAGAUACGAAAGGCCCAUUUUCACAAGUUCACACAUCACUCUCGCGUUUCUCCGCUACUGGGACUUCACGCGUCAGAAUUUAUCGUUCACUUGGUCUCUUUCGCUUGUCCACCUGACUCGCAUUGGCGGAAUAAUUUGUCGGGCGAGUGGCGAGUUUUUCUUACACGCUACUUGUAAUCAGGAAACAUGAUUCUGACGCAUUUCAUCCGUGACUAGCUUCAAGCCUCAAGGGGUCCACGAAAAUCAUGGCACAAGUCGUGUCAAUCGAUGACCCUCAGUUUACAUGAAUUUGUCGAACCUGCUGGAUCACAAGCCCGAUGUAUCAAGGAGUAACUCAGCGUUGCAAGCUGGUCAUCAUCCUGGAUCAAUCGAUGUAACUUCCGCACAAAUUUACCACCAAGCUGGUUGUCCUCUUCGGUCAGCGAAACUCUGCUUGAAGUUCACUAUCAGUCUGAGUCCUGCGAUUGUCAACUCCGGUCACGUUCUUGGCACUACUUCCACCGAUGGCAGUACGCCCAAAGUUUAUCUUCACACCUGCCUCAUUGAGCUUUCUCCGCCUUCAUAUCGAAAGCGAGCUUCUUGAACUUCGUUCCUAUCGAUCGCCCUCUGCGGUCCGUAUUUCCCCCCCUGUCGCUUCGAUGGAAACGAUGUCCUGGAGAUAAUACAAUUCGCAAUGCACA